AGUCGUUACUGCGGACAUCCAGCAGUCCUGACAGCCUGAGAUCCAGAGCUCCGAUGAUUACACCGGAUCAGGAGACAGGAACUAAACUUUGGCAUCUGGUGAAAAAUCAUGAGCACAGCGACCAGAGAGAAGGAGACCGAGGCAGCAAGAUGGUCUCUGAGAUCUACCUGACCAGACUCUUGGCCACCAAGGGGACGCUGCAGAAGUUUGUAGACGACCUGUUUGAGACAGUGUUCAGCACUGCCCAUCGCUGCUCGGCGCUCCCGUUGGCCAUUAAAUACAUGUUUGACUUCUUGGACGAACAGGCCGACAAACGGCAGAUUACUGACCCAGAUGUUCGGCACACCUGGAAAAGCAACUGCCUUCCUCUCAGGUUCUGGGUGAACGUCAUCAAGAAUCCUCAGUUUGUGUUCGACAUCCAUAAGAGCAGCAUCACCGACGCCUGCCUGUCGGUCGUGGCUCAGACCUUCAUGGACUCCUGUUCAACGUCCGAACAUCGGCUCGGCAAAGACUCCCCGUCUAACAAGCUACUGUACGCAAAGGACAUCCCCAACUACAAGAGCUGGGUGGAAAG